UGUCGGACAGCCAAGCAGCAGGAGUAGGAGGAGGGUCAGACUCCUCCCAGACCCGUUUCUCCUCCUCCCUGCCCACUUACCUCCCUGUCCAGUGCCAGUUAAGUGGAGCCGACUCUGCCUUCUUUCUGCGGGAAGCCAAUCAGGAGGUCAUGCGAAAUGGCAGCCUAUCAUCGCGGACUGAGCCCUUCUUCCUCCACCAACUGGAGCCGGCCGUGGCUGCUCCACAAUCCCUGCCCAGCGUCAACUGCAGCUACGGAAACCUGAGCAUUGAGCAGCCAAUCCCUGUAGAGCUGCUUCAGGGCCCAGCUCCACAUCUGUUGCCGACAACCAACCAGGUGACUCUGAACUGGAAGGUCAAAGGUCAAGUGGUGGUCCCCAAAGUUGGCUCAACAAGGCCCUGGAUACAGGUAUUGUUUUACCUGGUAGGGCGACGUUGGGAUGAGCCCGACCCCCCUCCUCCAGCCCUCCUCCCAUGUGUCAGAGCCAUAGCCAUCCGUGACACCAGUGAAGCAGCCCCCUCGGCGGGCUGCCGACUCAUGGGACCAUCUGGCAUCUGUGUUGUCCGUCUGGAGAUUCCCCCAGCUUGGUUUACACCACCACAAGUGAGAAAAAGACCUCCUGAAGUGACUCUACCAUCAGUGGAUGUGUAUUACUCCAUAAUACCAAUGGAAAGGACCGGUCAAGAGUGUCCUUCCAUCGUUAAUGAGCCAUGGCGAGGUCAGAGCGCUAACACUGGGCCUCUAGGACUGGGCCUUGGAGGACAGUGGAGCCUCGGGGAGGAUGUGAGUCUUCAGGACAUGCUGAAAGCCGGCUCAGUGGCGAUGACCUUUGGCAUGGUUUCCGCCAAAGGAGAGAAAUUGAGACUAGAUGAAAACGUAGAGGUUCUGGUGCCGCCCAGCCCGGUUCGGCUCGGCAAGACCGUGGCGUUUGGCGUCUACAUGAAGACUGGUUCGAACACGGAACAGUUUACUCUGAG